AUGAAAUGCCUCUGCACGCUUAACAAUCAUCCACUCGUUUCUGCCGCCCCCCCCCGAACCAUUCACUCGGUGCUGCAUCCACCCAACCAACCCAGCCGGCGCACUUGGCCGUUGCAAACACGCUGCAUCCACGCACCCAUAAACUGCUUCAUGGUGAACGAACGUUCAUGUGUGUCACGUCUUUUCGCCUUCUCGCGACUCUCUAAGUGCAUUUCGGUUGCACCCCAAGUUGACCGCUGUUUAUCACACAAGCGCCACCUGACAACCACACUCGACUUCACUACCAGUGUUGGAAUCACUAUGGUGGGGAUGAUUAUGAUGGCCACGUGUGUUUGCCCCGUGAACACGCCAGUGUGCUCCCAAAUUCACACGCCUCCUGAGCACAGCAGCACCAUGUGUGCGCUCAAACCCACAAACGCCUGUGGUGGUGGUGGUUUGGUCCCGCUACACAAUCAGCACAUGACACCCUCACACGCCUACCCACAAAACGCUCUCCAGUUGGUAGCACCGAGGACACGUGAGAACAGCCUCCACAUCGACCGCAUUACUUCGCAAACAGCGCGCAGUCGCGACUCGUCGUAG